UGAAAAACACACCAGGCACAUGUAUGUACACUCCCCAAAUCCCAAUAAGCUGGAGAAACAGGAGACUCCAGUGUGACCACACAGCAUUGAGGGGUGCUUUCUCCCUCUCUGUCUCUCUCUGAUAAGUACAUGCACCCUCUGGUAUUUAAAUAAAAAUUUGUUUUUAAUUUUAAAAAAAAGGCUCCAAGCAAAAAUCUCAACUUCAAAUGGUGAAACUGUGUUACGAACGCCUUUACACAAUUUCAAAAAGUUCCCAAUUAUAGUUCCUUAGUAUGAGUUCCUCUCUUUACUUCUCCCUUUCUGAAAAAAGAAGGGGGGGCAGACUUUUUUUUUCAAAUACACCCACACCCACACACUCACACACACAAAGAAAUGGAGACAGUGAACGGAGGCAAGAUCGUUCUUGGUCUGGAAAUCAAUCUGAUUCUAUUUUAUGUCGGAGCUACGGGGGCCUGUACUGUGUCUGUCAAACAACCGCGUUACCUAGAAGUGGACUACACUUACAACACUGUCACCAUAGAGUGCACCUUCUCCACAGCUGGCUGCCCCGCAGAGCAGCCAACCAACCUGUGGUUUCGCUAUGGCGCUUUCCAGUCUGAGAACCUGUGUCUGCAAGGGUGCACAAGUGAGGCGGACAAAUUCACAGUGAAGAAGGCCCCGGAACAAAACCUAGUCUCCCUCACUGUCAACCGGCUGACCGUAAAUGACAGCGCAAUUUACGUCUGUGGGAUAGCAUUUCCUAGUGUAGAAGACCCGAAAGCUAAGCAAACCGGAGAAGGGACUACACUGGUGGUGAGAGAAAUUAAGCUUCUCAGCAAGAAAAUGCAGAGUGUCCUGACAGCGCUCCUAUCACUGCUCUCCGUCUACAUCAUAGGUAUAGGCGUGGGCCUCACAGUCCUCUCCAAAUCGAAAUCUAACACUCUGAGAAACAAAGAAACAAAAGAAGAUUCACAAAAGAAGAAGAGUGCACGACGUAUUUUUCAGGAAAUUGCUCAAGAACUAUAUCAUAAGAGAUACAUAGAAACAAGCCAACAAUCUGAAAAAGACAACACUUACGAAAACAGAAGAGCACUUUCCAACUAUGAAAAACCAUAGAAUUAUUUCAACUUUU